CAGUUAUGAUAUUGUGCCAUAACAUAAUUUACAGUAUAUUAUUGUGUGGUGUAGUUUGUGAUGCUGGUACUAUUAGAACCAAAUAAAAUACAAUGCAGAGUUCAUAAUCAAUUCAUUGUAUUUUAGACAACUAAACAGUGUAGUCAUUAAAAAAUAAAGUUAGAGUAAGUCACACCCUGCAGAAAAACCUGUUUCUCAGGUAUGUCAUCAGGAAGAUGUAUAAACCCUUUUCCUUAAAAGAAGGAACUCAACUGUCGAGCUCCAGUGUAUAUCAUCUCUCUGUCUGUGUGUUAAUACAGUGAAAUGGCAGAAGCCAGUAUCUCAUGGGCUGAAGAUCACUUCAGCUGUCCAGUGUGUCUGGAUCUGCUGAAGGAUCCAGUGACGAUUCCCUGUGGACACAGUUACUGUAUGAGAUGCAUCUCAGACUGCUGGAACCAGGAGGAUUUGAAGGGAAUCUACAGAUGUCCAUUAUGCAAACAGACCUUCGCACCAAGACCUGUUUUAGGUAAGAAUGUGGUGUUUGCUGAGAUGGUGGAGAAACUCAAGACGAUGAGACUCCAGUCUGCUCCUGUUCCUGCUACUCCUGCUGCUCCUGCGGUUCAUCACACUGGAUCUGGAUAUGUUCGGUGUGACUCCUGCUCUGGAAUUAAACAGAAAGCAGUGAAAUCAUGUCUGGAGCUGAGAAACAGAGACAUUUUGAGGAAACCCAGAGAAACAUCCAGAAAACAAUCCAGCAGAGAAAGAUAGAUCUAAAGCGGAUGAGAGAGGUUGUGGAGUCUCAUAAGCGCUCUGCACAGACAGCAGUGGAGGACAGUGAGAGGAUCUUCACUGAGCUCAUUCGCUCCAUUGAGAAACGUCGCUCUGAGGUCAAGCAGCUGAUCAGAGAUCAGGAAAGAGCUGCAGUGAAACAAGCUGAACAAAGACUGGCGCGACUGGAGCUGGAGCUUGAUGAUCUGAGAUGGAAAGAGACUGAACUGAAACAGCUUUCAAACACAGAUGAUCAUAUUAAUUUUCUCCAGACUUGCCCGUCUGUCUCUCUCUCUGGAUCUACAGACAGCUUCACUGUCAGUUCUCGUCCCAAUUUUGAUGAGGUAGUGAAGUCUGUCUCUCAGCUCAGAGAUAAACUGCAGCAGUUCUGCACAGAUGAAAUAGAAAGGUUAUCUAAAACAGUGAAAACCGUCCAAGUCACUGUCCCGAGUCAUCAGUUUACGACUAGGAAGGAGUUCCUACAAUAUUCCCGUCUGUUGACUCUGGAUCUGAACUCGGUGAAUUAUUUUCUCCGUCUGUUUGAAGACAACACAGUGAUCACUUACUCUGACAAACGUCUGCCGUAUCCUGAUCAUCCAGACAGAUUUGACUCUUGGACCAUGGCACUGUGUAGAGAGAGUGUGACUGGACGCUGUUACUGGGAGGUGGAGUGGGCUGGUGAUGGGGGAUCAGGAGUAGAUAUAGGAGUGACGUAUAAGAGCAUCAGCAGGAAGGGAGACGGUCCUGAGAGUGCAGUUGGACGUAACAAUCAGUCCUGGUGUUUGUUCUGCUCUCCUGACUAUUGCUCAUUCUGGCACAAUAACAUUGAGACCGUCCUUCCUGUAGUCAACGUCUCCAGUACAGUAGGAGUGUAUGUGGAUCACAGCGCAGGGAUUGUGUCCUUCUACAGCGUCUCUGACACAAUGAGCCUCAUCCACAGAGUCCAGACCACAUUCACUCAGCCGCUGUGUGCCGUGUUUGGAUUUGAUCGACAGACAGCGGUGAAACUGUCUAGACGAUUAAACAAUCCAGAUGUUUUAAAUAUUCUUAAUCCAGAGAUUCUUCAGGCUUUGUUACUUCGCAGAAUGAUGAUGUUAUGAGGCGUAUUUUCUAAUCGGAAAUACCACUACUGAACAAGCUUGGCAUUUUCAAAGGGUUUUCAAACUUAUGUACUGUAUAACAAAAGCGUUGUAUUUUCCUGCGUGUUCAUAAUACACAAGUCUGUGAUUUCUCUUUUGCUCACUCUGUUUGUUUAAAAAAAUGGUUUAGUUUCUUCAUAAGUGGAACAUUGUGUGCAUAGUUUUUUCUGACCACAGUUAAAGACAUCCUUAUCAUCUCAUCCAACAGGAUUUGUCAUUUUCUGAAAGCUCAAUGUCUCUGAUACUUCUAAAUCAUCAGUAUGAACUUAUAUUUCAGAUUUUUCAGGCCGUUUUUAGUGCACUAUUAUUUCUCAUAUACUGUAGAAAAAAUAAUUUGGCAUAAUGGUUUCUUCUGAUAUUAUUUAUUGUAAUGCUGUCAAACAAUUAAAGGGAUAG